AUGCCUCACCCGGCUCUUGACCAGACUGCAGCAUCCUCGCCCUCAUCUACAGUCGCUUCCCCGCAUACACCCAGAAGGACGCCCCGGCACCUCCCAGAAAGCCUCCCCCACACUCGCACAUCUGUUGCGUCAGACAAACCACGCUCGAGCAUCGAUAGCUGGAACUCGGUCGACACCAAUGAACUUGUUUGGGAGUGGAAGGACGAGGAGCUGGAGCUGCUUUCUCGUACACUUGAUAACAUCCCUUCCCACCUCAUGACUCCCUACGUUGGUGUUGUUCCCCCGCCCAACGUACUCGACAAACUGGCUCGCGAUAUCGCACUGUCUCGUAAUGCACUCGAGUGGCCACAUUCUGUUCGUGCAACUCGUGUUAAACUCCACGAGCUCUGCCGUCGCAAGACUGUGAAAAAGGCUAUUGAUCGUCGUGCCCCGCCAGCCGAACCUACUCCCCGGAACACAGUGGAGGUGGUCUCUGAAUCUGCUCCACCUCGCCGUCCGUUAUAUCGUCAGAGCAGCAUGGAUUUCUUGCCCGUCAAAGAGGUCACGUCAGUCACUCGCUUGUCUUCCCGCCUUCAAAGGCCCGACCGAACUGUUCCUCAUGCCUCAUUCCACCCUUAUUCCCGCCCUUCUGACUCGCGUAGUCCUACUCCCCCCCUCACUGAGAGCAUAGCAUCUCGUCCUCGCACACGCUCGUCUACUCCUUCCGAUAGUUCUUCUCUUCAUGCUACUUCCCCCCGUGGAGUCUUCCGUAGCUCGGCCACGCCACCACCACUGCCGCUCAAGCGUGCACCCGCUUUCAGCGCUGCUACUGUCCAAACCCGUGUUCAACGUGCCCAGUCCUGUACCCCGCCUGAGCCUGGACCAUAUUCUUCUGACGAAGAAGAAAAGGCUCGCCAAGCUUCUGCCAAACGGCCUCGAACAACAGCUCGCCGCGUUCCUAGCUUCCUGGGCGCUCCUUUGCCUCCACUCGCACCUUCACCCGAAGAGGAAAUAUUGGACCCCCUCGUGGCCGUCCCUGAAGAUCCCGUCUUUGCGCCCACUAUCCGUGCGUCAGACCUCAAGGUGGCUCCAACCCCCCGCCGGUCAGCAACAAAGUCUACCAGAUCUACCACCAACGCUGCCCCGGUAACUCCUGCGCCUGUUGCUGUUCAUGCUUCUACUGCUUCCCCGCGCACUUUGCGUCGAGUUGGUACUCGUGACUUUCCUACUUCUAUUUCUACUGUCGCUACUAUCCCUUUCCAUGCUCCAGUUCCGGCUACUUCCAGAGUUGCUCAGGGGCACAGGACCGCUGCUAAUCGUGCUUCGGCUACCCAACCUCGCACCAGCACUGCCGGUGCUACUAGUAGUUCUAACGAGCGUCGUACCGAAAGGAGGAGCCGUCGUGACAAGGAAGCGGAGACGCAACUUACACAAGAUAGUAACCGCAAGAUCAAGAAGAAGUCCGCAACUUUAAACAUGAAGGAUACUAAACCUUCUGUUGUCGGAAUGAGGCUCUAUUGUCCACACUCCACAACUCAAGGGGCGGGACCUGUCUGGACAGCUCCCCCAGCCUAUCUAUUUCGAUCUUUUCUUAUCUACGCUUUCAAAAACUUUCGACUUUCGAUGCCCGUAAAUAUUUAUUCGUUCACGACCGAUGGCCGACUCUUACAACACUUUUUGGCGAAGAGUGUAUUGUUUCGAGCGCCUCUGCACGGUGCAUAUCUUUUUCGCUUUUAG